AUGCGCCGAUCAGUCGUCCCCGAGCCUCGUGUGCCGCUCAGCCAUCUGAAUAUCGCCCACGAAGAGGGCAUUGGAAGGGUUGAAUUUCCAGAGAAUAGCUGGGCCACCUGGUCUUGCUUGCUUGGUUCAUUCCUGAUGAUUUUUCUUUCCUUUGGCUUUCAGACCGCUGCAGUGAGAUCCGUUCAGGAGUAUAUCAACACUCAUCAAUUGGCCAACUAUAGUGUCAGUGAUGUCGGGUGGAUCACAGCGGUGCUUGUUUUCUUGACUUUAUUCCUAGGAGUUCAAGUCGGGCCGCUCUUGGAUCAUUACGGCCCACGAGUCCUGAUGGUCUGCAGCGGCAUCGCCAAUUUUCCUGUACAAAUAAUGGCAUUUAUGCUUUACCUUGGAGUUCUUGGGGUUGUUUCAUCUGCCACCAUUACUAUCGUUUCAAUUUCCGUUCUUAGUCACUGGUUCUAUCAGCACCGUGGCCUAGCAUCUGGUAUUUGCAUGGCAGGAUUAUCCGCCGGUGGAACUAUUAUCCCUUUGGUCCUUCGAACACUCUACGAGAGUUAUGGCUGGCUAUGGUCAAUUCGGAUAAUUGCUUUUAUGGCGCUUGGGAGCUACACAGUUGGAGCGUACAUGGUCAAGGCAAGACUCCCGACUGAUAGCAAUAGCAUGGUGGCGAUUGAUCUCCGAGCUUUGACUUCACCUCGGCUUUGCUUUCUUGCAGCCGCUGUAUGGCGGCUGCCAGAACGUAAAGAGCUGUGGUAUAUGUCGAUACCCACGUCGCCGUCAUCCACAGUUUCGACGUCAGGUAGAUUUAUAAUGCUUGCGAGGGCCAUGAGGCCUCCUGCGUCUACUGUCAGAAUUGGGCAUACUGAAUAG